AUGGCUUCACCUCUCUAUUCAUUGCCUAAUAAAGGCUCAGAGAGUAUAAUUCAAUUAACGACUCUCACUCCUGAUACAGCAGCGGAGUACGAGCGUUCGCGACAUACUCCGGAACCACCAGAUGUCCCACCUGUCGAGACUCGCAGAAAAGAGUCAUUAUGGCGAGACUUGAGCGAAACACAGAUCAAUAUGAUCGCUUUCUCUGGCACAACUGGGAAUGGGUUGUUUCUUGGAAGUGGCGCUGCCCUUGCUGUCGCAGGACCCUUCGGCACGGUGCUGGCUUAUAUACUCAUGGGCACUGUUAUAUCCUCUGUCGUUUCUUGCUUGGGCGAAAUGACCGCUUUGAUGCCUGUCAAUUCCCCAGUCAUGGAGUUUCCCCGCAGGUUUCUUGACCGUGGUGUUGGCUUUGCCAUUGGGUGGAUGUACUGGUUCACUUUUGUUAUUGUUUCUGCCCAAAACCUCGUGACAGCCGCCAGAGCCACCAGCUUCCAAUAUGAUGAUGGCAAAACAUUUCUGGCUUGGAGAGCCGGGGAAAAUAUUGAUGCUCAUAUCUGGUUUGCUAUCUUUUUGCUUAUUGUGGUGAUUAUCAAUUUUUUCCCUGUUAAGUAUUUCGGAAUGCUUGGAUACCUGAUGGGAACUACCAAGAUUAUCUUUAUAAUCCUAUUAAUUUUAAUGUCGGUCGUAUUGGAUACCAUUCCUCCUAGAGCAAGCUCAUACCACAGCAGCCCCGUCGGCACAAAAUAUUGGAACUCUCCGUAUUCAUCAAUCAAAUCUAUUUACCAAGUCAAAGGCAGUAAUGGAAGCAUUCAACGAGAAAUCAGCGGCCCAGCAGGCAGGCUCUUGGGAAUGUGGUCGGCAUGCCUUAACGUUAUGUAUGACUAUGCUGCUAUCGAGAUCUUUGCCGCACCUGCUGCAGAGAGUAAAGCUCUUGCCGAUUCAGAAAGCAUGAAAAUGGCGGCAAGGAAGAUUUACAUUCGAGUUAUUGUGCUCUAUACCCUUGCAUUUAUCACAGGAUCCUUCCUUGUGCCAUCUGACCAUCCUUUUAUCAAUGGCGGUGGCCAAUCACUAGGCUCUCAGUCGAUCUUUUUAAUCGCAGUCGUAGAAGCUGGGAUACCUGCCGCUGCCCAUUUCUAUAACGCCAUGUUUCUUCUAUCGACACUAACCUGCGGAAUUAAUUCGGUGUACGUCGCGUCCAGAGUUCUUCAUACUCUUGCUCUACAGGAACAAACUGGCCCAGCAUUUAUUACUCGUAGGCUACAAAAAUGCAAUGUGGGUGUUCCUAUGAGGACUGUUGUUUUGACGACUAUUAUGAUGUUUUUGGGAUUUAUGGGCCAUAGUGCUGGGAUGAGAGGGGGGCUGACGGAGCUGGCUGCAAUUGCAACAGUCUCCUUUCUAGUUAUUUACGCCGUGAUUUGUGCUACUUAUCUUUGUUUCUAUAAAUCCCUCAAAGAAGCUCUAGCAUUUGGCAACCCUUCCGAGUCCCAAGCAACCCUUUACGACCGCAACAAUCCUCGCUAUCCUUAUAAAUCGCACGGCCAAUGGUUCAGGGCUCUUUGGGGCGUAACGGCUUGUUCAGUACUAUGCCUUUUCAAUGGCAUAGCGUCAUUUUUAAGGACUCCUUUUGAUACUCGUGAAUUUAUCGUUUCCUACAUUGCCCUUCCGGUAUUCGCCAUUCUUAUUAUUGGGUACAAAAUUCGCCACCACGGCUUGCAUUUUUCUCGGUGGGGUUUCGAGAGGUCGAGCGACUUACGCAAUUGUGUACAAACAACAAGCGAGAAACGAAAAGGCGUUUUGGAGUUUCCAGAUCAUGGGUAUACCUUCAACAAUGCAAGGGCGUUCUUUGGAUGGCUUUGGGUAUGGACCAAAUAG